AGAAGCUAAAAAAAAAAAAAAAAAACGGGCAUCCAGUGUGUUACGUAUGUCGCUCCUCACAUCGGUGAACUCUCGUGGUAGAUCGAGUACACUUCAUGCACGAGUGUAAUUAAAAUAUGCUUCGCCGUAGAAAGAUUCCAGUGAGAACAGAGAGUCACUGACGUUUCGGCAGUUUCACUAUCAACAUACCUUUGUAACACCAGAUUGCAACUGGAAAUUCAUCCAAUUCAAAGAAACAGCACGUACUUUCAACUUGUCUGAUUUAAUCAAAUUUUACACUUCAGGAAACUUUAGUUUCCGUUAUAGAAAUAAUCCACAAGCAAGUUUUGACUUAUUUCUAAGUCCCUCAUCUCACGAUCAGUUCGAAUCGCUCCAUUCGUAACUGUCCCAAACUCAUAUUUUUCAUUAUAACUACCAUAAGGCGUUAUUCUUACUUUAUCCACGCGCUAGACAAACUGACUUGAUAAGAUUACUUUGGAAACAGAGCGCAUCAUUAGUAAGGGGAUUAAAACUCCACAAGUCAUUCGACCGCCAAGCCGCGAAAAGUCAACUGUCUUACGUUGAAAGUCGGUGGAGAACGAGCUGCUCCCCCCUUAAGCUCGUCAGGUCUGAUCAAGAAACGAAGACCGAGUACAUCAUUCUAUACUUGUUGGGAAGAAGGGACACUUGCAACGGGAUCAGGAAAAAUAUUCAAAGGAAAGAAGCUAAAAGCUCAGGAAGGAAAACCUCGAAGUGUGUCGACAUCGUGCCUCAGACGUGUCUCUUGGUGUUCUACGACGUGAGUGCUAUUUUUUAUUCCGAUCAUCAGCAAUUUGCGUACACGAUGGAGUCAAAAGGCAGCUUUCGGCCAUCACAGUGGAAGCAGUGCCUUGCAGCGUUUGCAUCAUCUCUAAUGUUCAAUCCAACCACAGGCGCUAUUUGGUAUCACCUGAAGUCCACAGAAAGAUAUUUCGAGUUCAUUUACCUCGUGCCUAGUGUCAUCUUAGUCACAGGCGGUGCGAUUCUCGCAGCAGUCUGCUCUGAUUUUUGUGGACGUAAGAAAACUAUGUUAGCGUCAUCAUUUUUCGCUGUACUUCAAACUGUUGCAAACGGUGGAUUUCUUCCGGAAAUCUUAACAGAGAUUCUGAACUUCGUUUAUUUGUUUCAUCUCGGUUUCACCUACACUGCUAUUUUUCUUUACAUUUCGGAAGUUACUAGCACCAAUAUUCGCCAAACCGCAAUGGUACUUCCGCUGGCAACUGAUCUAAUGAUAGGAUUUAUUUUGCUAUCGGUCUAUCAAAUUUUUGACAGUAUUCGGGCAUAUCAGGUUGCACAUGGUAUAUCUGUCUUGAUCGCAACUGUAUUAUACAUUGCAAUAAUUUUACUGUGCCCUGAGACGCCCUAUUACUUGAAUUCGAGAGAUAGGCGCAGAGAAACUGAACAGUCUCUCAGUUUCUAUACCGGAUUGAGGUACGUCAGAAAAGCAGAACUGAUACCGGAACCCGGUGACAAUUCGCGAGUGGCGAGGUAUACGCAGCAACGGAAAGACAAACUGAGGGAAAUCACCGAACUGAAAAAUAUUCACAGUUUCGGAAUGAUUUUUUUGUUAAUAUUGAUAAAAUGGGGCAUUGGACAGCGUAACAAUGCAUCAUUUAUACAAGCAGUGAUGGGAAAUAGUGGAAUUUUUCAUGCUUUGAUUGUUCAUUUCGCAUCAAUAGUCUUCACUAUCAUUCUGGCUAUAGCUAUAAUCCUAUUUUCGAAGAAAUUGUCUCUGUUGGCAGUAAUUGUCAUCAGUUUCAUGGCAACUUUAAUCGGAAUUUGGAUACAAGCUCCUGUGAUAAUUUCGUUACUCAUUUUUGUGAAAUACUUGGGUCACUUUAUCUUUACUGGUGUCACGUGGUCUUCUGUAGGAGUUUCAUUCACGACGAAUGUCAGGGCCAUCGCCAUUGCUAUUAUAGUCAGCUUCGACGUGCUGAUAGGUACCAUCGUGUUCUGGAUUGAGUACCAGAUGUAUCAAAAAGAUCCUGAAUAUCAUCCCUGGUACCUCGAUGUACCUCCUGUAGUAAAAUCUUACAUCGACAUGGGGACUCUUGUUGUCGCUUUCAUCUUAGUCUUGAUUUUCAUUCCAAAAACGAUCGAGGUGCAGCCUGAGGAAAAGUUUGAAAAUUAUGCUGUCGUUCGAUUCGGAGCUGUGGAGUUAUCACAGGUUCCGGCGGAAGUCGCGGGGCUCAGCCAGCCAUUGCAGAAAUAGAAUCCAAAAUUUCAUCACCGAGAAAAUUUUAAGGACUGGGUCUACCAGAUGUUACUAAACCGUUUACCUAUUCUUAGACGCUUUUCGUGAAAUUUCAUCAUUUGAAUAGUCCCACAGCACUGCACACUCGUGAUUAAAAUGGUACCCGAGAACUCGUAUCGUUAGACAUGGUUGAAUUUAUUACCACACUUUUUGUUGCAUAAUCGAAAACGGUUUCUCCGGAUUGAAUCGUAAGUCAGUUGAAUACAUUUUCUUAUCGCGUCUUGAUCAUUGAUUUUUCCAUUCUCCUCACAAUAUCUCAAUCAUCCAAACCUCUAUUACACGCGGCUACUUUUGCGCAAUGCAUAUCCAUGUAUUGUGUAAUACCCGGUAAAACUUUCAGCUGCUCCCUCGUUUUCGAUGCGCUAUUCAAUAUGUAAUGCCAAAAUGGUAUCAGCCGAGAUAUACAAGUCAAUACGGUCGAAUAAUUAGCACAGGCAGCCGUUGCUGUGUCAAAAAUUUAAAUUGAAGGUUUGCGCAGAAGCUUUAGUUACCUAGAUGAAGCCAUCCCCAUGUGACUCAAGGAUUCGUCUGAAACUUGACAUACUUUCUGAAUUGUACACAAAAAACUGCAAGCAUCUCUUUGGUCUCGACGAUACAUAGUUUUCAAACGUCGGAUACAGUAACGUGUUCGAAAAACAGGGCAGAAAAUAUCAUUCCUUACGGAAUUUUUGGUGAUUUGAAUAUUGUGUUAAUUGUAUUACUCGACUGAUCUUGGUUCAUGGUGCAGAGACCAAGUCAAAGGCAACUCAGAAUUUGCGAAGGAAAACUGAUGUUUUGAUGAUUUCUGCAAUACAACGAUUAUUUCGAAUUCCGCAAUGGUCAUCUCAAACUGACAUUCAGCGAUGCAUGAACAAUCACGUUUUCUCAUUCUGGUGUUGAUCCAUCUGUCAGAAUUUAAACCUGACAAGCAAUAAAGUUUGUCUCAUGAUACCAAAAAACUUCUAUCAAAUAAAAAUACAAGAUUUUGUUGGUGAUUUCCAAAUGACCAUCGGCCUAACUUUGGCUCCUUCAACCAAGGUCAGUCGAGUACCAAUACCAAUUUCUGUAUUUCUUGAAUUCAUGCUGUUCAUUUCUGAAAUAGAUUUCUCUGAAAUGCCUCAUUUUCAUCAUAAGUCAGUCUCUCGUUGUUAACAGUUCCUUCUCAUAAUGUCCGUAUUUCGACCAUUCCGCCACUCCGUACGUCUCUUAAAUUCUAGAACAUUCUCAAUUCGUCAACUGAGAUUCUCUUUUUCCGGACGUCUCUCACGAGUGCAGUGUUUCACUUUCUACCUCUCAUCCAAUUAUUCAGUUCGCGUC